AUGCCACCGCGGAAGACGUCUGCGGCGUUGCGCCAUCGGUCGCACAUUAUCGCCUCGUCGGCGGAAGAGCAGGAGGCGGCGCUCACGGAGUGGCGCGCAAAAGCGCGGCAGGAUGGGGAAAAGUUGCGCCGCAUUGCCUCGAGAAUUGAAAGGCAGAAAAAGUCCACAACAACCACGGAGCGCGGUGGGCGCUGGCUCGCAGAGCGCACUGCACUUGACCGCGAGACAAUGUCGGCUGGGCUGGAGUUGGCGAAGGCGUGGGCGUCGUGUGCAGCCCUUCUACCGGAGGUGUUGCUGAAAGAGUGGGCGGAGCAGGAUCAGCGCUGCGCGGAGCUGUCGCGCUGGCUGGGGGCGCGUCUCAAGAGUGUGCGGAGGGACCUCCACGUCUUGCGCCCACCGAGCGGCGAGGCAUCGCGUGAGGCCGUUACGGCCCUGCGAGCGCGGCUCUGGGAGCUUCGGGAAGAAAACGCGGAGGCGAAGAGGGUUGUCGACCAAGAGGUGGAGGAGGGAGAAGAGGAGCCUAAGCAGGAUGCACCGACAAAGACACUUGAGGGACUGACGCAGUCGGUGAUGGAGACGUUUGCAAAGAUUUGUGAAACCAAGAAGGAAAGCCUGCAUGUUGGUCUCAUCGAGACGUACCGAGGCGCGUUGCAGGCGGAAGAAGAAAAGGCAUUGUCUCAGGUGGUAGCGGGACGAGAUAAGAUGAAUGCCCAUAUGUUGACGUCAAGCGAUAUUCGCACCGUUUCUCUAAUUCUGAGAACCUAUGAUAGUGCCAUGGGGAGUGGUGUCGGCGCCACGCCGGUUGUCACGGAGGAUGUGUACGACCGCGUUCAGCAGGUUCUUCCGCACGCCUCUGCGCCGUCGGUGCGACUCGCUGUCAAUGAAGUGCUUCGGCAAAAGCGAGACCGUCUGCGUGUGCGGUCCGUAGCGCUUCAGUACAAGAAGAAGUCUUCGGAGCUUCUGGAUUCGUUUGAAAAGGCCAUUUCCGCUGAGGAAGAUGUUAUGAAGAUGCAGAUUUGCAUGGCAGAAGAGACGAAGCAGCGUGAAGAGCGUCAGCAGAAGACACACGAGGAGCUGGAGCGACUUCGUGCGGUGCGUGACGCAAGAGAUGCUGCGCGGCGUGAAGAAGAAACAGCAAAGAGGACAGAAGAAGAAGAAAAACAACAGCAGAUACUUCGCCUGCGUGAGGCGGAAUUCCAAGAGCGCCUGAAGCGGCUGCAAGAGUACCAGGAGCAGCAGCGGCAACUACAGGAAAAGGAGCGCGCUGUUCAGCAGGCGAUGGCAGAGGAAGAGGCCCUCAAGAAGGCGAUAGAGCGAGAGCACAACGCAAAGCGGGUGGAGGAACGGAAGCGAGAGUAUGAGGAAAAGUGCCGUGUGCGAAGAAGGCACCAGGAGGAAGCGGAGGAGUUUAGGGCGGCCCGUGAAAAGACACUCGAAGCCUUUUUUAAGGGCGUGGAACGGAAGUUGGGAGUCACCUGUGAUGCAGGCCGGGUGCUUCAGGGAACCGCCUCCAGUCAACAAAAUGUGCCGUACGUCUCUUUCUCUGAGGCGGCUCAGUGCGUCGUGCAUGGGUACACAGUGAAUGAUAUAAUGAGGGACCCGCGGUUCCGCCUUCAACUCGCGUUGAUGGAGGCGGGACUGCAUCAAACUCCCUACGGGCGGGAGGUGCUGUCGAGCGGGUUUCACGUGCCGGCGGCGCAGCGGCCAAGCGAAGAUAACCCGCUGCGCAUGGAGUAUUGA